CAACGGCGUUUCCUAGACGUUUACGUCACAUAUCGCGUCACGUUUCAGUGGAAGCACGAGGGGAUUUCAGUGGAUUUCUCCGCGUGGAUCAAGCUGUGGGGUAUCUGCUGUCACAAACCAGCUAUGCCUGACAAUUGUCCGUGACUGCAGGGGACGAGGCGGUAAAUGGUGUCUGGGAUUCAAGUCGGUUUAGAGCGCUUCGUUUCCUGGUCAUGGAAGGUCCAGAACCGGUUACCGAUUAUUUACGGGGAGUGAACGGACACUUGAAUGAACUUCAGAGCUCCGGUGAAGGAUGCUCUCCUUGCCGUAAGAGCACCCGUUGUUUGAUCCCGCCGGUGUACCGGAAAGAGCUGCUACAGCUUGUUAAAUUGGCAGGACCGGUGCUCAUUUCUCAGCUGAUGGUCUUCAUGAUCAGUACAGUCAGUAUGGUGUUCUGUGGUCACAUGGGGAGAACUGAGCUUGCAGGAGUGUCACUAGCAGCUGCGGUGGUUAACGUCAGUGGUAUUUCUGUUGGCACUGGUUUAUCAGCAACUUGUGAUACCCUGAUAUCUCAGACGUAUGGGAGCGGUAACUUGAAGCGAGUCGGUGUGAUUCUCCAGAGGGGAGUUCUGAUUCUGCUGCUGGCCUGUUUCCCCUGCUGGGCCGUCCUCAUCAACACUGAGCCCCUCUUACUCACAGUCAAACAGAGUCCAGAGGUCGCCAGUCUCGCCCAGAUGUAUGUGAAAAUCUUCAUGCCUGCUCUCCCGGCUGCUUUUAUGUACCAACUGCUUGGGAAGUAUCUACAAAAUCAGGGAAUUAUGUGGCCUCAGGUUAUAACUGGAGCAACUGGAAAUGUCUUCAAUGCUGUCAUCAACUACGUCUUCCUCUAUCCCCUGGAGCUGGGUGUUGCUGGAUCUGCAGCAGCCAAUGCCUUGUCACAGUAUUUGCUGGCUUUGUUCCUAUAUGCUUACAUCUGCUGGAGGGGUCUACACAAAUCCACGUGGGGAGGUUGGACGCUUGACUGUCUGCAAGAGUGGGGUCUCUUCAUCAAGCUGGCUAUUCCCAGUAUGCUCAUGAUUUGUUUGUCCUGGUGGAUAUUUGAAAUCGGAGGAUUCCUGGCUGGUGUGAUAAGUGAGGUUGAGCUGGGAGCUCAGUCCAUAGCAUACCAACUCUGCAUUGUAGCUUAUAUGAGCCCACUGGGAUUCUCUGUUGCUGCCAGUGUGAGAGUUGGAAAUGCUCUUGGUGGAGGAAAUCCGAAGCAGGCCAUGCUAUCAUGCAAAGUCUCUAUCAUCUGUGCAUUGGCAGUUGCCUGUUUGGUUGGGGCUCUCAUCAUCUCUACCCGAAACGUAAUUGGCUACAUUUUCACCUCCGAGCAAGACAUCAUUCAGAGGGUUGCUGAUGUCAUGCUUAUAUUUGGAUUCAUGCAUAUCUGUGAUGCCAUUGCGGGCGUGGCUGCAGGUGUUCUUAGAGGUGUGGGGAAACAGCUGAUUGGUGCUUUGUGUAAUUUUGUUGCAUUCUACUUCAUUGGCUUCCCCAUCGGUGUGUCCCUGAUGUUCGCAGCAAACAUGGGGAUUGUAGGACUUUGGACAGGACUCGUCAUUUGCCUCUUACUUCAGGUGAUAUUUUACGUCACUUUUUUGUGCAAACUUGAUUGGAAAAAGGCUUCGGAAGAUGCUCUUGUGAGAGCAGGGGUUCACAUCACAAAGGAAAAUGCAACAGCUGAGCUGGAACACUCGGAUUCACAUCAGAGUCAGGCCCAGGUCAGUGGAGCUGAGUCUGCGUGUUUGAAUGCUGAGGGAGGAAACACAGAACCAAUUGUAGCCAGUUCAGGAAGCAGAGCCUUCGCCAUCACCACCACCACCACCACCACAGUGGGAGAUGUUCUGUCUGUACCACAGCUGGCUGUAUGGCGUGGUUUGGCAUUAAUAAUCAUGAUCAUCAUCCUUCUUGCUGGAAUAAUCAUCAGCCACUUUCUAAUGAAGCUGUUAAAAUGAGGGAUUUUUGAGUGUCAUAGGGCUGCUCAUCAGCUUGACCAUACUGAGAAUCAACUCUCCAGUCUUCAGCUCUGUGCAGCUUCCAGAAACUCUUUGAUUUCCUGGUCUGCAGCCCUCUCAUAUUUUCUUUACUACACACCAAAAGAGCGGAUGCUAACGUCAGGCCAAAUUUACAUUUAGAAUUUCUUGUAUCAGGUGCUGGGGCAAAACCCAAAGACUGUAUACAAAAGAUGGAUGAAGCUUUCAUGUCUGAAAUGUGAUGCCUAAAGUGUCCUAAAUGUGCACUCUCUAUAACAGCCAACAGCGAGCAAUUCUUCCGCUUGUUCUGCUUGCCCCAGUAAACAUUUGCUUAAUGAUUUUAAGGGCUCUGUCACAGGUGUUACAUCUUAUUAAAUACAACAUCAUGUUCACUUAGGAAAUUAUGGUCCCAUUAGAAUCGAAAAGGUAAAAGGCAGGUAUGCACUUCACUGUAUGAGCAUACAGUCUCACUUGGUUUCUUAGCGGGUCACCACUCAGUCCUUCUGUCAUUUUUCAAAACACGAAGAUUGCAAAGGCUAAAAUGCUAAGCUCUGUGAAGCUCUGAGUAACUUGUUUACUAUCCAACAAAAGGCAUCCGGCAUCCAAUUUUAGUAUGCAGUCUAUGAUCAAAUCUGCUUCAGAAAAAAAAGCAUUUUGUGCACUUUUUGUUUCCUGCGUCUCAGCCAAAUUAGAUGUAAAGUUUAAUGUGUGUGUGUGUGUGUGUAUGGAAAAUGUAUAUUUUCUGGGUGAAAACAAGGGAACUUAAACGUCCACCAGUAACAUUUUAUGCCAGCAUUUUUCACGAGAACAAACAUUUCACUGCACAAUGUCUUCUUAUAUCUUCUGUUUGCUUUAAAAGACCAUACCAUGGACUUAACUUUACAGUCCUCUAGCACUGCCACCUUCACAAUAGUAUUUUUUUUUUUUUAAAUGGAUGUAUCAGAGAGAUCUUUAUUUUCAUGAUCGGUUUAGGCUUUAAACGAAUAGAUAAAGGUCUGUUCAGCAGUGUUGACACUUUGAUGCACAAAUACAUUUUUGAAUCAUCUGCCAUUAUUUUCUAUUUCCUCUGUUGUUUUGAUGUUUUUGAGUUCCUUCUGUUGGAAAUCUGAAAAUAAAGAGUUUACUGUUUAAUAGUGAAGCAUUAAACAAUCACAUACUUGUAGUCAUA